CUACCAAAAAAAUCUAAAAACAUAUCCCGCGUCGCAAAUAAGCAAAAAAAACCAAAUCCGAAAAAAAAGUAGAAAAGUGCUUUCACUCACUCUCUCACUCACCCUGAAGCGAUUCCUCCGUAAUCUUCUCCCAGGUUCGGUGUUUUCGCCAUUCUCUUCGCACAUUUUCUACGGAUCUAGUUUCUCACCAUGAAUCGCCACCACGAUCCCAAUCCAUUCGAAGAAGAAGAAGAAGUCAAUCCGUUUUCGAAUGGUGCUGGAUCAAAAUCACGUGUUCCACCGUCAUCUGAACCACUAGGCUUUGGUCAAAGACAUGAUGCUACGGUUGAUAUUCCUUUGGAAACUUCAAAUGGGGACUCCAAGAAAAGAAGUCAAGAGCUAGCAGCUUGGGAAGCUGAUCUAAAAAGGAAAGAGAAGGAAAUAAAAAGAAGAGAAGAUUCCGUUGCUAAAGCUGGUGUGCCUGUUGAUGAUAAGAAUUGGCCUCCAUUUUUCCCAAUGAUUCACCAUGAUAUUGCCAAUGAGAUUCCAGUCCAUGCUCAGAGGCUGCAAUAUUCAGCCUUUGCAAGUUGGUUGGGAAUUGUUCUCUGCUUAGUUUUUAAUGUAGUUGCUGUGACUGUUUGUUGGAUCAGAGGCGGGGGUGUUAAAAUAUUUUUCCUUGCAGUGAUUUAUGUGCUGCUUGGGGUUCCCCUUUCAUAUGUGCUUUGGUACAGGCCCCUCUAUCGUGCUAUGAGGACGGAUAGUGCACUGAAGUUCAGUUGGUUUUUCAUGGUCUACUUGUUUCACAUAGCAUUUUGCAUCUUUGCUGCAAUUGCACCUCCAGUUGUUUUUCAUGGACAGUCGUUAACGGGCAUCCUUGCGGCAAUUGAUGUGUUCUCAGACCACAUAUUAGUUGGGAUAUUCUACUUGAUUGGAUUUGGACUGUUUUGCUUGGAGGCUCUUCUAAGCUUGUGGGUAAUUCAGAAAAUAUACAUGUUUUUCCGGGGGAACAAGUGAGCCUGUUACAUGGAUUUCGUUUUAGCGGCUUUUAUAAUGCUAGUCACUUUCCAAUGUGGCUAAGUAUAUUCUUAAUCCUCUUUUCAUUCUUUGCAAUAUCUUGUGAUAUUCUUCUGUUAUUUCUCUGUUGUGAUUGUACCAGAGUUUUGUUUGUACUUAAGUAUAGUUUAUUGUGAUUGUACCAGAGUUUUGUUUGUACUUAAGUAUAGUUUAUUUCUCUGUUGUGAUUGUACCAGAGUUUUGUUUGUACUUAAGUAUAGUGAGAAUUAUGUGAAAUUGAGUAUGUUUUUAGAA